GAACCUUUUCUGCCAUUUUACAAUAUAAACUCGUAUACGCGUACGAUGGCACGUCUGUAUGAUCCCCGAGCCGUUCAGUUUUCGCCAGAGGGCCGCCUCUACCAAGUGGAAUAUGCCAUGGAGGCCGUCUGCGCCUCCAACCUGUGCCUGGGCAUAGUUGCCGCAGAUGGCGUUUUGCUAGCCGCGGAACGCUGCAACAGUCGACUCGUCGGCGGGCCAUCGGGAAAGAUGUUUCGCUUGGCUAGCAACGUGGCUUGCACCUGGGCCGGAGUUUCAGCCGAUGCCACGAAACUGAUUGAUGAGAUGCGAAUGUCAGCCCAACGCUUCAGAUUUAACUAUGGAGAAACGAUUCCAUGUGAGGGACUCGUGGCCGAUAUAUGCGACGUCAAGCAGUCCUACACUCAGUGGGGCGGCAGGCGGCCCUUCGGCGUUUCCAUUCUGUACAUGGGCUGGGACGAAGUCUAUGGCUACCAACUGUACAAUUCCGAUCCCAGCGGCAACUACAGUGGCUGGAAGGCUACUGCCGCUGGCCAUGACUUUGACGUCGCCAGCUCCCUGCUGGAGCAAGAGAUAGACCCAGAAGUAUCCAUUAGUCUGGAAGAAGCCAAGGACCUUGCCAUGAAGGUACUGGACUGCACUCUGGGCACCGCUAAUCUGAUUCCGAACAAGUUGGAGAUGUCCACCUUGCACCGCGCAAGUGAUGGCUGCUGCAUCUACACUCUUCUUGAGAUGAGCGAUGUGGAGAAGCUGACCGAAAAGUAUACAAAAGGAGGGGAUGCCAACUAGGGGAUACAGUCCCUAAACACAUACACCUACAUGUACUACAGAUUCCAAGAGGUGGUAUUUGAAAGAAAGAGAAGACCCUAAAUCUAGCAAUUAUUAUGCACAUAUAUGUACAAAGGCGGGCAAAGGACGAUAUUGUGGGGGUUACCCAUUCUGAUAUAGGAAUUUAUAGGGCGAUUUCAAUAUAAUUUACCACGAGUCGUUCUAGAAAUGGGAAAACAGGGUUUCCAUAGUUGCAAUCGACUUCGAUAUACACAAAAACAGCUGAGUUGCCUGCUUACAUUACGAAUGAGCGAUGAGGUUAUCAAAAGGAUUGCGCAAACGCAACCGUGUCCAAUGCGACGUGUCCAAUAGCCAUAGAUUCGAAUGUGAAGCUGCGACAGGACUGGAAUGGCAAUCCAGUAAUCAUAAAUACUAGCCUUAGUAAAUAAUG